AUGACCCAUCGAUCCCGCAACGGUGGUCCCCCCAAGACCCACAAAAAGAACAAGGCCGCCGGUCCCAACCGCAAGCUUCACCACCCCGCCCCUCCCCCUCGUCCCGAAACACCCCCACCCCCACCCCCCUCUUCCGACCCCCUCCCUCCCCCCGAAGGGCCAUUCAACCCCCCAGACACCGAGCUCCUCGCUCUCAUCCACCGUGCUCUGCACGAAACCCUCCAAGCAGACAACUUCCAAGAGUCUAUCCAGCAUAUCAAGGGGCUGUUGUAUGAGAAGAAGUGGCUGGAGGUGUUUUGUGGGAGUGAGGGGGUGCUGGAGGCGUAUGCGGGGAGGUGGGUGCCGAGUAGGGCGGCGUGUUUUAGGGAGUUGAUGGGGGCGUUGGUGGGGGAGGAAGUGUUUGAGGGGAAGACGAAGAGUUUGGAAGAGAAACUGGCGGAGGUCGACUUGGAAGAGGAUGAGGAUGAUGUAGAGGAGGAGGAAGAGAAGCCUGAAGAAGAAGCGGCAGAACCCUCGCAAGAGGAACAAUCACCUACCCACAACAUCAUCUCCCUGGGUGGCGGCGCCGGCUCCGAACUUCUAGCCAUCUCCGCCCUCAUCCGCUCCACCCUCCUCUCCCGUCCCGUCCAUCACCCCACCUUCACCUUUACCGGUAUCGACAUUGGCAACUGGCACACCGUCCUCUCCAAGCUCGAGCACGCCGUCCGCGUCGACUGGGCCCUCGACAAGGAGGUGCUGGGGGUAGAGUAUGUGAAGGGUGAUUUGUUGAAGAGCGUUGGUAGGAGUGUGGAGGCGGAGGAGAGGAAAGAGGAUGGGAAGAGGGAUGGGGAUGGGGAGAGGGUGGAGGGUGUUGAGGCUGGGCCGAUUGAUUUGGAGGGGAUCUUGAGCAAUAAGCCGCCCAAGCUUAUCACCCUCUUCUUCACGCUCGCCGAGCUUCUUACGCAAUCUCGCUCGUCUACCAUCUCCCUUCUCGCUUUUCUCACUGCCCAUACUGCCCCCGGCACUCUCUUCCUGAUAGCAGACUCUGCUUCAGACAUUUCUGAAUUCAGCCUCGGAGCAGAGGGGAGGAAAUGGCCGGCGUGGAUGAUUGUCGAUGCGAUGUUGACGAGCAAGGGCAAGGGAUGGGAAAAGGUCAGGGGGGAAGAUAGUCAGUGGUUCAGGUUUGAAGAAGGGGUCGGUGCUGGGUGGGCUUGCAAGCUGGAGAACACGAGAUAUUGGUAUAGACUGUAUAGACGCGUUUAA